AAUAAUAAAAAAAAAAAAACAAAAAGGCCCAAAUAUCUAUAGACAGUCUAUGCAAAACCUUCAAGACAAGAAUAGAAUCUCAAAAAAAAAAAAAAAAAACCAAAAAAACAUUCCAUCAAAUCUGAACACGCUUAUACACAUAUUUCAAGCCCAAACCCCAGGAAAACAGGAAAAUUAACAAAAACAUAAACAAAACACCAACACUAAUUUCUAAAAAAGAAAAACAGUGCCACCCUUUUCCUCCCCCACUAUCAACGGCAAUCUUGUCUAUCCUUGCAACAAAAAAGAGGGUCUCAUAACUCAUAAGUUCAUUUACAAUGAAGGCAUGAGCUCGUCACCACCACCGCCUCAGCCUACAACAGACCCUCAGGGAGGAGGAGGAGGAGGAGGAGGAGAGCAAAGACUUGUUCGGAGAUUGGUGAUCGAGGUGGUUGAUGCUCGAGACUUGCUCCCUAAGGACGGCCAAGGAAGUUCGAGUCCGUAUGUGGUGGUUGAUUUUGAUGGGCAAAGGAAACGAACUUGUACCAAGUACCGGGACCUUAACCCGACUUGGAAUGAACCGUUGGAGUUCAUGGUUUCCGACCCGAAUACCAUGGAUUUCGAGGAGCUUAAUGUCGAGGUGUAUCAUGAUAAGCGAAUGUCGUCACCUUCAGGGGCUGCAAGGAAGAAUCAUUUCUUAGGGAGAGUGAAGCUGUACGGUUCACAGUUUUCUAGGAGAGGGGAUGAAGGGUUGGUUUACUUUCCGUUGGAGAAGAAGAGUGUGUUUAGUUGGAUUAAAGGGGAGAUUGGGUUGAGGAUUUAUUAUUAUGAUGAGGUUGUUGAUGUACCUCCUCCGCAGCCGCCUCAAGGGGAAGGUGGUGGGGGAGGACCUCCGCCGCAAGAGAUGGCGGAAGUUCAACCGGAACAAAGGAAGGAAGAUGAGCAAGGGAGAGUGAUGGAGGUAAUGCAACAACCAAUGCCGACUGAUAUUGCAAUGGAGGCUGCUGGGAAUGGACCUUACCCUCAAGGGCACGGUCCUCCACCGAAUGUGAUGGUUGUUGAGGAGGGUCCUCCGCAGCAACAACCACCUAUGACGGGUGGUGCUACAACGGAAACAAUUAUUCACCACCAUGAUGGUUAUCCCCCGCCGCAGCAGCCUGAUCAAUACCACCCUCAAGGACCUCAACCCCACCACUACCCACCACCAGAAAUGCACGGUCCUCCGCCGGAGCUUAUUCGGCGAAUGGCGGCUCAUAAAAGAACAGCACCACCAGGGGAGUAUGCUCCAAGGGUAAUCUCCGGGAAAUUCGUCUCCGAAACAGAGAAGAUAUCGGCGUUUGACCUUGUUGAGCCAAUGCAGUACUUAUUUGUGAGGAUUGUAAAGGCCCGUGGGUUAACUCCGAAUGAAAAUCCAUUUAUCAAAAUCCGAACAUCAAAUCAGUCUCUCCGGUCAAAACCUGCCGCCUAUCGUCCGGGAGAGCCACCGGAAAACCCAGAGUGGCAGCAGGUUUUCGCAGUCUCAUCUCCUUCAACCUCCGCUGCCGGGACACUGGAAAUCUCCAUAUGGGACUCGGCGACGGAGAGAUUCUUAGGAGGGCUUUGUUUCGACCUCUCGGACGUGCCGGUGAGAGACCCGCCCGACAGUCCGCUGGCCCCGCAAUGGUACCGUCUAGAGGGAGGGGAAGGUGUUUCAGGGGAUGUGCAGAUUGCGGUUUGGAUGGGAACGCAGGCCGAUGACUCGUUCCCUGAAGCGUGGACUGCGGACGCGCCACCGCAGCAGCCGAGCGGGUCGUUUACUCGGGCCAAGGUGUAUCAAUCUCCGAAGUUGUGGUACCUCCGUGUGACUGUGAUUGAGGCUCAGGACCUCCACAUUCCGCCCAAUCUUCCUCCGUUAACAGUGCCGGAUAUUCGGGUCAAGGCUCAGUUGGGUUUUCAGUCGGUGAGGACGAAGCGCGGGUCUAUGAGUGCUCACGGUGGGGCCGCGGUGCACUGGAACGAAGACCUGAUUCUCAUUGCAGGGGAACCGUUGGAGGAACAGUUGAUUCUGUUAGUGGAGGAUAGGACUAGCAAGGAUCCUAUGCUUUUAGGACAUGCUAUUGUUCCUGUGGGUUCAAUUGAGCAACGGAUGGAUGAGCGCCACGUGGCAGCCAAAUGGAUUACGUUGGAGGGUGGUGGAGGUGGUGGGGGUGGUGGUGGUGAGGGGCCGUACGGUGGGAGGGUUUUUUUGAGGUUGUGUUUGGAAGGAGGGUAUCACGUGCUUGAUGAGGCUGCUCACGUGUGUAGUGAUUACCGACCGACCGCGAAACAGUUGUGGAAGCCUCCGGUUGGGAUAUUAGAGCUCGGUAUUCUUGGGGCCCGCGGCCUACUUCCGAUGAAAACCAAGGGUGGAGGUAAGGGUUCCACGGAUGCUUAUUGUGUGGCUAAGUACGGAAAGAAGUGGGUCCGGACCCGGACAAGUACGGAUAGUUUUGAUCCGAGGUGGAACGAGCAAUACACGUGGCAGGUUUUCGACCCGUGUACGGUGUUGACGAUCGGAGUAUUUGACAAUUGGAGGAUGUUUGCGGACCCCGGGGAGGAGAAGCCCGACUACCGGAUCGGAAAAGUUCGUAUUCGGGUGUCUACAUUGGAGAGUAACAAGGUGUAUACCAACUCCUACCCUCUUUUGGUAUUGCUCCGAACCGGGCUUAAGAAAAUGGGUGAAAUCGAGUUGGCAGUCCGAUUCGUGUGCCCGUCUUUGUUACCCGAAACAUGUGGAGUCUAUGGGCAGCCACUACUUCCACGUAUGCAUUAUCUCCGUCCGCUCGGGGUGGCCCAACAAGAGGCUCUUCGUGUGGCAGCCACUAAGAUGGUAGCAGCUUGGUUAGCCCGGUCAGAGCCCCCACUUGGGCCUGAAGUAGUCAGGUACUUGUUAGAUGCAGAUUCACAUACAUGGAGCAUGAGGAAAAGCAAAGCUAAUUGGUUCCGGAUCGUAGCCGUCCUCGCUUGGGCAAUCGGGUUAGCCAAAUGGUUAGACCGUAUUCGAAGAUGGAGAAACCCAUUAACCACAAUUUUAGUCCACAUUCUUUACUUGGUUCUAGUUUGGUAUCCAGACUUGGUAGUCCCAACCGGAUUCCUCUACGUUUUCCUAAUUGGAAUAUGGUACUACCGGUUCCGACCCAAAAUACCCGCGGGUAUGGAUACCCGGCUAUCACAAGCGGAAACGGUAGACCCCGACGACCUCGACGAAGAAUUCGAUACAAUCCCAAGUUCGAAUCCGGGAGACAUAAUCCGCGUCCGGUAUGACCGGUUGAGAAUCUUGGCAGCCCGGGUGCAAACCGUGUUAGGCGAUUUAGCGACCCAAGGGGAACGGGUCCAAGCCUUAGUAAGCUGGCGAGACCCGCGGGCUACGAAGCUGUUUAUAGGGGUGUGUUUAAUGAUCACAAUAACACUCUAUGCAGUACCACCAAAAAUGGUAGCAGUAGCACUUGGGUUUUAUUUUUUGAGGCAUCCCAUGUUUAGAGAACCAAUGCCUCCAACUAGUUUAAACUUCUUUAGAAGGCUACCAAGCUUGUCUGAUCGAUUAAUUUAGACCAUUUUUCAUCAUUUUUUUAACCACUUUUUCCCUAAUCUUUUAUGUAAACAAAGAUUUAUAAAUAUAGGAAAAUGAAAUUUAGGUUUUAGGGGGAAAUUUGGGAAACAUUUUUGUGGGUUUGAAAAGGGUUUGGUCUUGGAAUAAUGUAGGGUACUAAUAAGUACAUUGGGAGGUGUGAAAGUGAGUUGAAAAAAUGGGAAAAAGGUUUGGGAUUGAACCUGAUUGCCUGACAAGUAGGGAUUGACAUGAGGAGAAGAAGGAUACAAAGGUGGGGGCAAAUUUUGGAUGCCAGAUUAUAUGGUGUAAUAUUGUCCCCAUAAUAUUUGUACAUUUGCAAGGGGGUGUUCGAUUUUAUACUAUGGUUAUGAACA